UGUGCGGGUAUAACUUGACAGGGAAUCUUCAGACUUCAGGCUUCGGAGAGUUGGGGGAGGCACAUGGGGGACUUCGCGUAGCUCCGGAGGCCGAGAGCCGCAGCACCCUGGCAAGAGGCCAUCCCUCCUGGGCGGAUGUGAUAUCUUGGAGACAGGGAGACUUCGACUGGGGAAAGAAGUAAAGGGCGUGUAUGGGACUCUGAGGAGAAGGAAAGAGGGAAGACAGUCUAGGUCCGGACUUGGGGGCCGGGGGUGAUGGUAGUCAUGGCCGCGCUUAUAUAGAAGGAGCAAAAGGUGGAUUUUAGAAAAGCAAUUCCAUUUCUCUUAACUGUUCCGAAGAUGCUUGAAUUUCUUCAUAUGAUCUGAUUUCUAGCUCUGUGCUGUACUAUAGUUUUUAUUUUCACGGAGCAUGAAACGGAUGUUAAUUUGCCCACUGAUGGAUUGCUUGAGACAGUUCACCUGAAAUUAUACUACUUGAAAAUGAUACUGCUGCUCGAGUGCAAUAAAGCAGCUUUAUAUUCAGAGAGAAAAUUAAGCAGGAUUUAAAAAAGCAGAACAAGGGGCUUUUAUAGCAACCGCAGGAUCCUCAUCGGCACCUUUAACUGUUGGCCAUUGUGUGUCGCUGACAUGAGCGCCCAGAUUUCCUCUCCUUUCGACCCUGAGCGUCGAGUUCGGAGCACGUUGAAGAAGGUUUUUGGGUUUGAUUCUUUUAAGACGCCUUUACAGGAGAGUGCCACCUUGGCUGUAGUGAAAGGUGACAAGGAUGUCUUUGUGUGCAUGCCCACAGGGGCAGGAAAAUCACUCUGCUAUCAGCUCCCUGCUCUGUUGGCAAAAGGCAUCACCAUUGUCAUCUCUCCUCUCAUUGCAUUGAUUCAGGACCAAGUGGACCACUUACUCUCCCUGAAGGUGCAAGUGAGUUCCCUGAACUCCAAACUCUCAGUACAGGAGAAAAAGUUGCUGCUCUCUGACCUGGAGAAAGAUAAACCUCGGACCAAACUUCUGUACAUCACACCAGAGAUGGCAGCUUCAUCCUCCUUCCAGCCCACCCUGAACUCCCUGGUGGCCCGCCAUCUGCUGUCCUACCUGGUGGUGGAUGAAGCCCAUUGUGUUUCCCAGUGGGGGCAUGACUUCCGUCCUGACUACUUGCGGCUGGGUGCUCUGCGCUCCCGACUGACAAACACCCCGUGUGUGGCACUGACAGCCACAGCCACCCCGCAGGUCCAAGAGGAUGUGUUUGCUGCCCUGCACCUGAAAAAACCAGUUGCUACCUUCAAGACUCCUUGUUUCCGAGCCAACCUCUUCUAUGAUGUGCAGUUCAAGGAUCUGCUUUCUGAUCCCUAUGGAAACCUCAAGGAUUUUUGCCUUAAAGCUCUUGGACAGAAGGCUCACAAACAGUUGUCUGGCUGUGGCAUUGUCUACUGCAGGACCCGAGAGGCGUGUGAACAGCUGGCAAUAGAGCUUAGUUACAGGGGUGUGAAUGCCAAAGCUUACCACGCAGGGCUGAAGGCCUCUGAAAGGACACUGGUGCAGAAUGAGUGGAUGGAAGAGAAGGUCCCUGUUAUUGUAGCGACCAUUAGUUUCGGGAUGGGAGUGGAUAAAGCAAAUGUGAGGUUUGUUGCCCACUGGAAUAUCGCCAAGUCUAUGGCUGGAUACUACCAGGAGUCUGGCCGGGCAGGCAGGGAUGGGAAGCCUUCGCGGUGCCGUCUCUACUACUCUAGGAGUGACCGGGACCAGGUUGGCUUCCUAAUCAGGAAGGAAAUAGCAAAGCUUCAGGAAAAGAGAGGAAACAAAGCAUCUGAUAAAGCUAACAUCUUAGCCUUCGACGCCCUGGUGGCCUUCUGUGAAGAAUUGGGAUGCCGCCAUGCUGCCAUCGCCAAGUACUUUGGGGAUGCCACCCCCACCUGCACCAAAGGCUGUGACCACUGCCAGAACCCUGCAGCUGUGCGGAGGCAGCUAGACAACUUGGAGCACAGUGGCAGCUGGAGCAAGACCUGUGUUGGAACUUCUCAGAGGAAUGACUUUGACCCUGAGCUGUAUGAAGGAGGCCGUAGGGGAUAUGGGGGCUUCAGCAGGUAUGACGAAGAUUCUGGAGGCAGUGGGGACGAGGGCAGAAAUGAGGCCCACAAGCGGGAAUGGAACCUCUUCUACCAGAAGCAGAUGAACCUGCGCAAGGGCAAAGACCCCAAGACAGAAGAAUUUGAACCCCCAGAUGAAGAUUGCCUCCUGAAAGAGGCAUCUAGCAGGAAGAUCCCCAGGCUCACUGUGAAGGCCCGUGAGCACUGCCUGCGGCUGCUGGAAGAAGCCUUAAGCAGCAACCACCAGGCCACAGGUCCCACUGAGGGACCUGACCCCCAGGCCAAGGCUGUGGAAUUGGAACACGAGACAUUCCGAAACGCCAAGGUGGCCAACCUGUACAAGGCCAGCGUGCUGAAGAAGGUGGCCGAGAUCCGCAGAGCCUCCAAGGAUGGGCAGCCCUACAUAGGAGGCACUGCCAAGAGCCAUGGUGCCCAGGCUGAGCCCCCAGAAACCAAUGAGUAUGACAUCUGGCCAGCCUCCCAGGUCUACUCGCUCAAACACAGGCGCUUGGGUGCCGGUUUCCCCAAAGGCUCCUGCCUAUUCCAGACGGCCACUGAGCUGAUAGAGAAGACACAGGCCAAGGAACAAGCCCCCCAGCCUGAGAGGGGAGGCAAGCAAGAGCCCCCUGGCGGGACCCACAGUCUCCUAGAUAAAGCCAUCAGUGAACCUCAACCUGAGCCCAGAGGAGAGGCCCCCCAAAACAGUGCUCAUUGUGGGGAAGCCUCCCCUGGGAAAGAGACCAAAGGUACCCCUCUGGACAGUUCCAUUGCCAAGGCCAGGACCACCAAAAAGAAACAGCUCCUCGCCACAGCAGCCUUCAAGGACUCUCAGGAUAUCUCUCGCUUCUUCUGCCCAAGGGCCAAAAGCCUGCUGCCACCCUCUUCAGCCCCAGGGGUAGAAGGUGCCAGUCCCUCCUAUGACAAGGUACAAGGACCCUCUGUUACUCCUGAAGACUGCAAAGGGGAGGAGGACAGAACCUUGGAACACUUGGCUGUCCCUCCUCAGACUGAGGAGUGCAUCAGGGAGAGGCCAAGUGUCUGCCCACUCAUAGAUCAGGCACCCCCUGAAGACCAGCUCACCCCCAUAAAGGAGACACAGAAGGCAAAGCGACCCGUACCCCAGCAGGAGAACCCAGAGAGCCAGAUCCAGAAGAGGCCUUGCCUCUCAGUCAAGACCACGAGCGUAGCUGAGGCCAUGGGAGCCAUCACAGGCAGGGAUCAGGAUACCUCAAACCCCACAGCCCGAGGGUCCUGCCUGCUUUCAGCACCUACCAUCUCCUUGAAGGAGACAGCAAAUGUUGUGGUCAAGUGCCUGACCCCCUUCUACAAGGAGGGCAAGUUUGCAUCCAAGGAAUUGUUCAAAGGCUUCGCCCGCUACCUCUCACACACACUGGCUCAGCGGCCCUCCCCAGGAAGGAGAGUGAAGGAAGAGGCCCUCAACCUCAUCAGGCAGUUUUUCCAUGGCCGGGCCCGGUGUGAGAGUGAAGCAGACUGGCACAGCCUUUGUGGCCCCUAGAGAGGACCCCUGCGGCCCAGCUGGACGGACACCCUCUCUCGGAUUCUGCGGUGGGCCAGUAGGGCCCCACUUUGCAAUGGGGAGAGUGAGCAGGCCUGUCAGUGCUGGGAUAGCAUCUUCUCUCAGUGGCCUCACCCUUUCUAACUUGCCUGGUUUUGGAGGUGACCCCAGCCACCUCCCAGGUCCAGCCAGAGGUCAGUCCACCCGUUCUUUUUUGCUUCCAGAGACUGGAGUCCUUUUUCUCAGUCUUCCAGCCUCCACUGGCUCUCAGGAUUAGGCCAGACACCCAGACUGGGGGAAAAGGUGCCUGCUCUGGGGGAAUGGGAAGAGGAGUUGAUCUCCACCUUGCGCUAAAUAAGUUUCAGGGCCCACCUAUCUAUGGCAUAUGUGCCUACUCAGGGAGAACCCCUAAUGCCUAGACAGCACCCACCCCAUCCCGAGAUGGCCGUCGCACACCCGACCCAGGUGAGAGCUCGUGGGAAGCUGCGGCUCCUGGUCAGGAAUAAUAAAGCCAUUUGCUCUGACAUGUACAUACACACA